ACUAACUUUUUGGCUGAGGAAUGUUGUAAAUUACUCUUGUGCUACAAAAGUGAUGCCAAAUGUUAGAUUUAUCUGCAAACUGUUGAUCUCAACAUUAAAUCGUUUAAAGUUAAUCUGUUCAUCUGUUUCUCUUGUAUUUUUUUUUACAUGUAACGAAGGCCCACAGAAAAUUGACAAAUCCAUUCAAAUACACUUCAGGCAGUUCUAUUUAUCCACCAAUGAUGACCCGAAAAUGGCUUGACAUUUUAAUGCCUGAAAGUUGUUGAAGUUAAAGUUCACUACCAGGGUUAAAAAGCCGACCACUUGGCUCCACCCCAUCGGAUGAUGACUCAUUUUAACAGGAAGCAGGAAGUCGAAACAACUUCAGUGUCGUAGCUUGUUUUUCAGCUGUGUCUUGAAAGUUUUGUCUGUUACACUUCCAGCUCCUGCCUUUGACGUACACACCUUACGAUAAGGGAAGCCUGGAUGGCAGUCGCCAGACUCUCUCUCGCAGAGGUGGAUCUCUCCUGCCCCAUAUGUUGUGACAUCUUUAGGGACCCUGUGGUCCUCAAAUGCAGCCACAGCUUCUGCGCCUCCUGCCUGCAGCAGUACUGGUCUGGGAAGGGGUCCUGUCGCGACUGCCCCCUCUGUAGGAGGGAGACUGCGGAAGAGCCUGUGGCCAGUCUGACCCUGAAGAACCUGUGUGAGUCCUACAUCCAGGAGAGUGAGGCCCAGGACUCAGCAGGCGAGCUGUACUGUGAACCAGGGGAGCUAUGUGCUCUCCACGGGGAAAGGCUCAAGCUCUUCUGCUUGCAGGACAAAGUGCCAAUCUGUGUGGUGUGCCACACCUCCAGGAAGCACAAACAACACGAGUGCUGCCCUGUCAACGAGGCUAUCGUGGAAAUGAAGGAGAAGAUCACGUUUGCUCUCACCUCUCUGCAAGAGAAGAAGGAAUCUUUUGACAAAACGAAGCAAAGCUAUGAGAACAUAACUACACACCUUCAGGCCCAGGCCUACUUUGUGGAGAGGAGAACCCACGAGGAGUUUGAGAUGCUCCAUCAGUUCCUCAAGGCAGAGGAGGAGGCUAGGAUGGCCUCACUGAAGGAGGAGCAGGAGAGCAAGACGGAGAGGAUGAGGCAGAAGAUUGAGGAGGUGAACCAUAACAUAGCCGCUCUCUCUGACACGAUAAGAUCCCUCGAAGCAGAGAUGGCCCUGGAGGACAUCUCCCUCCUGCAUAAAUACAAGAAGACCAUGUCAAGUGCUCAGUGUACACUACAGGAACCAGUUGUGGAUCAGGGAUGCCUCAUAGAUGUGGCCAAGUACCUUGGUUCUCUUAAGUACAUGGUAUGGGAGAGAAUGCGUGGGAUCAUUAAAUACACCCCUGUGACCCUUGACCCCAACACAGCUGCUCCUUGGCUCCUCCUAUCAGAAGACCUCACGAGUGUGAGAGACAGUGAUGACAAACAGAUGCUUCCGGAAAACCCAGAGAGGUUUGACCCUGAUACUGGCGUCCUGGGCCACGAGGGCUUCACCUCAGGAAAACACACCUGGGAUGUAGAGGUUGGGGAGAACACCGCCUGGGUCCUGGGUGUGGCCAAAGAAUCUGUCCUGAGGAAGGAAAAAGUAUCCUCAGUGCUGAAAAAUGGCUACUUAUCUGUUUACUUUUACCACAAGAUGUAUUUUGCAGGAACCUCCCCCCUAACACGUCUUAACCUGAAGAAGAAGCCUCACAGAAUCAGGGUGCAGGUGGAUUGUGAGAGGGGGAGAGUGUCUUUCUCUGAUCCGGCAGACAACUCCAACAUCUACACAUUCAAACACAUCUUUUCUGAAAAGGUCUUCCCCUACUUCUGGGUUGGAUGUAAACAGUGUCCUCUCAGGAUUGAGCCACUAGAGGUCUCUGUAAAAACGAUUGAUUGUAGUUGAGAAUCUCAAUUCAUAAUAUAUUUAUCUUUUGAAGUCUAAUUGAUUUAUUAUUUAAAUAAUAUAAGACAGCACUUACACAUAUUCUGAGAUUCUAUCCAAUUAUUAAUUGCAUGUCACUACACUUAAGAUUGUAUUUUCCGAUUGUUAUUUUUGUUUUGUUUCAGAUAAUAUAAUUGUGACAAUUUGUAACUGUUUGUUCGAGCAAGAAUAAAAGCAUGUCAACUUGAAAUGUCA